CUGUUGUGUUCUUUAAAUGCCUAAUUAUUCAGUUAGUGUGUGUGUGUACAUCUUGGGUGUCUCUGCUAACGAGGGGGGAGGAUCUGGAGUGCAAGAGCAUCUACAAGAAGAGCUGGUGAGAGGAGGGGCACCUCAAACCAGAGUGUAUAUCAGACCCUCACAGUCUGGGUCCACUAUGUUGGGGCAACUUCUUCAAAGUACUGUGAUCCUUUGGCUGGUGCAGACAGCGUAUACAGGCGGUGUGGGUGCACAGAAUGGAUACGGUAGAUACCCCACAAAAGGAGUAGGUUAUGGACCAGCUGUUGGUGUUUUGAGUGCAAAUGGAGUUAAAUCAAGUGGCUAUGGUGCAGCAGCUGGUUUGACCAAUGGGGGAAGGACAAAAAGCUAUGGGGCAGCAGCUGGUGUGACAAAUGGACAGGGUGGAAAACCACUGGGCUAUGGUGCUCAAGCUGGCGGAUAUGGUGGACAAGGAACCAAAGGUUAUGGUGCUACAGCUGGUGUUCUGGGUGGGUACGGCGCUAAACCGAAUGGUAUUGGAGCUGCAGCUGGAUUUGGAACAAAAGGCAAUGGUGAAGGAGCUGCAGCUGGCCCAUCUAGUGGAAAAGGAGCAAUACCAAAUGGCCAGAGAGGAGCUGGAAGUAAACCCAUAAAGGGAUAUGGCCGACUGCUUUAUGGCGCAGGUCUAGGUGUGGGAGCGGGAGCCUCCAGAAGUCUGGGAGUACCUCAGCUCACCAGGAACCAAGGGAAAGCAUAUAACAGUAAUGGGUAUAAUGGUUACAGAGCUCAACCCAUGGGAGUUUACAAUGGUUAUGGCAGUGCUGGUUUGGCUCUAGGACCUUGGUAUGGAAAAGGAGGAAUGAAGGGACUGAAGCAAGGCUACAGUGCUACAGGAGGUGUGCCCAGUGGUCAAGGUGCCAAACAUAAUGGUUAUGCUGGAUCCAGAGGUGCUACUGGAAAUGGAGCCUUGCCAAAUGGUUAUGGACACCCCAGAGGUGGAGCUACUAAGCCAACAAAGCCAGAAGGAUAUGGCGCUAUCAGAGGGGGUGCAGUGAGAUCCCAGCCAGGUUAUGGAAAUGGAGCUGUUGAUAAUGGAUAUGGAAUUAAACCCAGUGGUUAUGGAGUCAGAAGUGGUGCUGCAGUGGGUGGAUAUGGAGGUACACUCAAUGGAUAUGGAGCAGUCAAAGGCUUAAAACCUCAAGCUACAAAAGGAGCUGGAGCAGUGUCACCCAGUGAAGGCUACGGUGGUGCUGCUAGUGUACGUAAUGGACACUUGACUAAGGCAGCCAAUUCUGGUUACGGCAUGGGACCAUUCAAUGGAAGGGCUCUUAAAGGAGGUGUUCUCUCUCUUGGGCAGCCUAAUAUUGCACCAGAGAAGGGUGCUGCACCUCAGCAAACAUUAACUCAAGGUGCAUCAUCUGUUGCCCCUGAGCUGACUGGUAGUAUCCCUGUCAUGGUGCCACAGGACAAAUACCAGAAGCUGCUUUCACCUGUUCCACAAGGAAAAAGCUACAAACAGAUACUCAUAAUCCCUCAGGCUACAUCAAAACCAGCGCUUCUUCAAACCUUAUCUGGACCUGCACUGGUGGUUCCUGAGGGUAACCCAACACCAGAACCAGCAGCGGCACAUUCUCAAGAGAACACAGGAGGAGUAUCUAUCUCCAAAGAAAAGGAACCUAAACCAGCCAAACCUGACUGCGGACCAUCAGGAGUACCAAACGGACAAUGGAUGAAGAUAUCUCCACCCAGUUACGGAGCAGGAGCUGGUGUUUUGAACAGAUAUGGUGCUCAACCCAGUGGUUAUGGAGCGGGAGGCUACGCUGUUCCUGGACUCAGCACUGGAUAUGGAGCUGGUUAUGGACAAGGACUAUACCCUGCAGCUGGAAAUGGAAAUUCAUUCAGAGGUCUUCAUCAAGCUGUACCCGCAGCUGAUGGCAAAUCAGGUGGUGCCAGACACAUUCCUUACAAUGGAGCCCCAGUUGUUCCUGCUGGACUAGAUGUAAUGGGCAGCUUACCUACUGGUGAUCAGACACUUGGAAUGGGUGCAGAGAAAUCAAACACAAAUUAUGGCAUUGGUGGAUUUCCGUUUGGUGGGCAGCCCCUCAGUGCAGGAAAGUAUGGUCUGGCUGUGUCACCAUAUCAGCUUGAAUAUCUUGGACUUGGACAUAAAGGAAGAUUGAUAGGCAAGUGUGAUGAGAUUCAGCUAAUGUGA